UUCUGUGCUGCUGCCAAAACUAUGGAUAAAGAUACAACCGUCGUUAAUCUGUUUAGUGACAGUCAAAAUAACUGCAAAGUUUUAUGGGAUAAUAACAGGAACUGCGAACAAGACUCUGUGAAAAUCAAUGGGUUAGAAGAGGUGGAGGAAACACUGACCAAGACAACAAAAGUGAAGGACGAAGUAACAAAACACAAAAAAGACAAAGAUCGAGAUAGCAAUGAAUUGCAUGAAUCACACGAAGAGAUUAAAGGUGACGCAGACCAGGAUGAAAUUGAUUCAAGGCGUCACAAAAAUGACAGUUUUGAAGAGCUUCAAGAGGAGAUUAAUGAAGAAGAGGAAGCCAAAUUGGCUCAGAAAGCUAGUAAUAAUUAUGCCGCCAAAAAAACAGUUGCCCAAGGAAUGAUGGAUAUCGCCCUCAUCACAGCUAACGCAAACCAACUGAGAUACAUAAUCGAGUUCAACAAGAACAGCUCAACUUACUACCUAAAUUUAACCUUGAUCGUGAUUUCACUCUUGUUACAAGUCGCUGUGGGGGUAUCGUUGAUAUUUAAGGGGAGGAUGGAUCUUCGUGGCGAAUCUAAGCAUCAGAACGCCAAGCGAAUUAAUAAUUAUGUUGUUGUGGGUGUAUUUUUGGUUACCAUUAUCAACGUUUUCAUUGCCAGCUUUACAAUUACAGGAAGUGGAAGCCAGUAAUCUUAGUAGGAUUGCUGUAGUGUGGUUUGUUAAUUAUAUUAGUCGUUAACUGUAUAAUAAAUAUGUAAAAUUCAGAUUUUAUUUAAAUAUACUGCAUAACAAAAUUC